AUGGAAAGGGAAGGGUCGGGUGAGUGUUCAAAUAGACAAGCUCAGAAAAAAGUAUGGGAAGGUAUAUGGAAGCUUGAUGUGCCUAAUCCUGAUAAACAUUUUCUAUGGAAGGCUGUAAACAACAUCUUGUCUACAAGACAGAAUUUAAGGCAGAGGAGAGUUAUUGAAGAUGCUUCCUACCCUAUUUGUGGUCUAAAGGAUGAAACUAUUGAUCAUGUGCUAUGGUUGUGUCCAGCUGCUGCGGAUGUUUGGGUAGAAAAUGACAAUGGUUUGCAAAAGUGGAUCUGUGAGGAAAAGGAAUUCUUUAAUAUCUGGACUGAUAUGCAGGAAACUUUGCAGAAAAAUAAGGUAGCAGAGGCAGUUAUGAUCUUGAGAGGCUUAUGGACCAAAAGAAAUAACUUGGUCUUUGAAGGCAAGUUUGAGAGUCCAACCGGAGUUGUCACCAAUGCUUUAUCUAGGCUUAAGUGCUUUCAAGCAUCUCGAGCUGAGUUGACACUGAUAAAGGACUCCAACACUGAAAGAAGAAAGGAUACCAAGUGGAAGCCACCUGAUAUGGGAACCUCUAAACUGAAUUUUGAUGCGGCCAUAGAUAAGGUUGAAAACAGGAUGGGGUUGGGCAUAAUAGCAAGAAAUCACAUAGGGGAGAUUCUGUUUUCCUUUAGUGCUUCAAGACUGUUUCAUGGUACCUCUGAUAUGGCUGAAGUGGCUGGACUUUGGAAAGCUAUGGAUUUAGCUUUGGAGCUGGAUAUAAGGAAUGUAGUGUUUGAGGGAGAUGCUGAAAGAAUCAUCAAAGGGGUAACAGAGGAUAGGGAAGUAAAUGCUUGGAUGGAUCAGAUGUUCAAAGAUAUGCGUGGCAGGCUCCUAAAUCGAAUUGACCGGUCUGUGAUGUUCAUACAUAGAGAAAGGAAUAGUGUGGCUCAUGAACUUGCCAAGAGAGCCUUGAGAAUUGAAGGGGAAUGGUGUUGGAUUGAAGAGGGACCUACAGAGAUUGUUAGUCUUAUUAUUAAAGAAAAACCUUGUUCUAAUGUGGAACUUUGA